GUGAUAGAUUCAGAAUAAUUUCUACUAUGUGGACUGUGUCAAUACUGUUCACAAUUCGAAAUCCAGACAAAACUGUGUAAAACCACUCUGGGAUUUCAGAGAGAGAGAGGUGAUGGCAAUGGUCAUCCACUACUGUGAUUUACAAUCGUUACGUCGUCUAUCCCUUCCCUUCUAGCUUCUGGCUUUCAUACUCAAAUUCUGUGAGAAUUCCUAUAUUCCAUCUUCUCUCUUUUUUCUUCCCAAUUCUGGUUCCCACUUUUCCAUCCACAACCCCCCAUCCCCAGAUCCUCUCAAUUCACUCAAUUGAAAGCUCCUUUUCCUCAUGUUUCCCUCUGUUGUACUGCUAUUCAGUAAUUGGCCUUCUGAUCUUUUUAAUCAGUCUCCAGUUUGUGUUAAGGAUUCCACUCUCCACCUCCAUCUCAUCUCGUGGCUCUCGUUUUGGAAGCCUGGGCCCUACCCCAGUGGUAAAACCCUUUUCCAAAUAUGUCCAGCCCUCAGUGCUUACCAAGUUAUAUAACCUCAAGAGACAGAGCAACCGAUCACCUCUUCACUAGUUCUUUUCACUCCCUUUAAUUUCAACCUCUGGCUUGAUUCUUUUCCGAGUUCUUAUAUUGUUAUCAUUAUCUAUAAUCUGAGUAGAUUACCAAGUGGAUGUCUGAUGACGUUUGUGCUUUUGUACUGCAGCAAAUCCCUACUGGCCAGUGGAUGACCCAUGGAUUUGUACUACCUCAACUGAUUCAAUUAACCGUACUGCUGCUGCUGCUACCAAGAAUAUGGAUGUGAAUUUGUCGAGUAUCACUCUGCGUCCGUUCAGACUCACAGACCUUGACGACUUCAUGGUGUGGGCGAGUGACGAUCAAGUAACUCAUUUCAUGAGAUGGAACACCUUCAGCUCUAGGGAAGAGGCACUGAACUACAUCAGGGACGUUUGCAUCCCCCACCCUUGGCGCCGAUCAAUAUGCUUGGAUGACCGCUCCAUUGGAUUCAUUUCUGUCAAGCCGGCUUCCGGCAACGACUACUGCAGGGCUGAGGUGGGUUAUGCCAUUGCCUUUAAGUACUGGGGCCAGGGGAUUGCCACCAGAGCUUUGAAGAUGGCACUCUCCUGUGUGUUCAAGGAUAUGCCAUAUUUGGUGAGACUGCAGGCUUUGGUUGAUAUAGAUAAUAAAGCUUCUGAGAGGGUCUUAGAAAAAGCCGGCUUCCUCAAGGAGGGUGUUUUGAGGAAGUAUUGCCUUCUCAAAAGUGGGGUUAAGGAUCUUGCUAUCUACAGUUUCCUCAGUACUGAUAGCAUUCUAGACUGAUAUAUAUACUCUCUUGUUUUCUUUUUCUGGCCCCCUUUUCACAUCUGAGCUGAACUGGAUUAGUUAACUGACCAGUCUACGGUUUAUUCUUUAUAAACUUCUUCCCAUCUCUCUCUGAUAAGUGUGUAUAUGUCACCUGACAUUGAAGGUUUCUAUGGGUUCUCUUUGAAAAGUAAGUUUCAGUCUGAAGGCCUUGCCACCUGGCAAAAA